AUGUUCUCAGCUCUAAACUUGCCACAACGCAUUCCGGAAUCUCUCUCCGACGCUCUCACCGCCGUUAACAGGGUUUUUGACUAUUUCAUGGUUACCGGAGCAUUCAAAAUGGAUGCUGAUAACAGUUUUCACAAGCAAGCUGCUCAAGUGUUUAUCGGACGAGGCGAAAGUUCGCGGUCCGAUGCCAGCGAGGCACAGCCUAAUGCCAAAAGGGUCAGGGUGGAGAAGGAACUAACUUUUAAGGACAUGUAUGAAAACAAGGAGUUGUUCGAGGAGGAUGAUGAGGAGGACACUGAUUGGGAACCAUGUCCGGUGGAGAAAUGUGUUGAAGUCAUCAAGUGGUUCUGUAGAAACUGUACUAUGGAUAACCUAGACAACGAUAUCUGCUGCGAAGUAUGCGGGGAGCAUAAAGAUUCUAAAAUUCUAACCCUGGGGCAUUUUGCAUCGCCCUUUGCACAAGAUGGAAAUCUGAAUGAGAUCCAGCCAAGUAUGAAAGUAAUGAGAGAUUUUGACUCCCAAGAAUCAGCUGCAAACAGUUCUACGGCAAUUGGCUUUGAUGAAAGAAUGUUGUUACAUGCAGAAGUUGAAAAGAAAUCACAUCCACACCCUGAAAGGCCAGAUCGACUUCGAGCAAUUGUUGCUAGUCUUACAAGAGCUGGUAUAUUUCCAGGAAGAUGCUAUCCAAUUCCUGCUAGAGAAAUCACUCAAGAAGAACUUAUGAUGGUUCAUUCUUCGGAGCAUAUUGAAUCUGUGGAAGUUACAAGCAAGUUAAUGUCUAGUUAUUUCACUUCCGACACAUACGCCAACAAGCAUUCAGCAUGUGCUGCUAGGCUUGCAGCUGGGUUAUGUGCUGAUCUGGCAUCGGCAAUUGUUUCUGGGCGUGUCAAAAACGGAUUUGCUUUGGUUAGACCUCCUGGUCAUCAUGCCGGUGUAAAAGAUGUGAUGGGGUUUUGUCUUCACAAUAAUGCUGCGGUGGCAGCAUUGGCAGCUCAGGCUGCAGGGGCUAAGAAAGUGCUAAUUUUAGAUUGGGAUGUUCAUCACGGAAAUGGCACACAGGAAAUAUUUGAGAAAAACAAAUCAGUCUUGUAUAUUUCAUUGCAUAGACAUGAGGGCGGAGCAUUUUAUCCUGGUACUGGUGGUGCUCAUGAGGUUGGUUACAUGGGUGCAGAAGGAUACUGUGUGAAUAUUCCAUGGAGUCGAGGUGGUGUUAGUGAUAAUGAUUACAAUUUUGCAUUUCAGCAUGUUGUACUUCCUAUAGCUUCUGAGUUUGCUCCAGAUUUUACCAUAAUAUCAGCAGGAUUUGAUGCUGCCAGAGGUGAUCCCCUAGGAGGUUGUGAUAUUACUCCCUCUGGCUAUGCACAGAUGACACACAUGUUGAAUGCCCUAUCUGGUGGAAAAAUGCUUGUUAUUCUUGAGGGGGGCUAUAAUCUUCGUUCUAUAUCAUCUUCUGCAACUGCAGUAAUCAAGGUAUUACUGGGUGAGAGUCAUGUACCCGAACUGGAAAACAGUUUCCCUACCAAAUCUGGCCUGCAGACUGUUUUCGAAGUCCUUGACAUUCAGAAUAAUUUUUGGCCUUCCUUGAAACCUAUCUUUGAAAAUGUGAUGUCACUUUGGGAAAUGCACUGUCUUGGAAAAAAAGUUGUAGGCAAACAGACAAAAAAGAGACGCCGAAUUUUGGUACCAAAAUGGUGGAGAAUUUGUGAAAUAUCAGCUUUAGAAGAAACCUCUCAGAAUUUUCCGUUCUUAGAAUGUGUUUGUUGUUUGCUUGUCAAGUGUAAGUUCAUUCUUUUGGGAGAAGAAGAUUUGAAAAUGAAGGGACUACGCCCAAACCAGGGGUGGUCUCAUAUUCAAUUCAAUGAGUACUUGGGGGGUUUUUUGUACAAAUAA